UCUCAAACACAUGAACCACAUGAACAAUCGCUGGCCAAGAGCAUUUUCAUCGUACACUCGUACUCCAAUUUCAAUGCAUUGACUUUCAUACUGUUUUGCAUUUGCUUUAUAUUUUUAAGUUGAUUCGUGUUUAGAACUACACUUUGAGGAAGGUUGAACUUUUUGAUAACUGUAUAACGAGUUUUCCAAAAGGAAAAAAAUGGAAAUCUCCGAUUUUGAAUGUUUCCUACGAAAAGCUUACCACUAGGUGGCGGUAUAGUGUUCAGUCUGGGGAAAAAUAAUUUACGUCAACUAUCAGUAUUUGGUUAGACAUGAAUAACAUCUUCUGUCAGUUGCAACAGAGAAAAUACAUUAUAACGUUCGUUAUUUGACAACGAGGUCGAUAAACAAAAUAAAUAAAAGCAGUUGUCGCAUUGCAAUUAAGAAGUUUGAAAUGCCGUCGCAGUCGGAGGAUGAUCCGUACGCGCACGUUGCGAAAGGAGCAUUGAAGUUAAAGAACGACGAGACCAUCAGCAAAAAGAAAAAACAUAAGGGGAAAAAGAAAAAAUUGGGUGAAGUCUCUAAAAUUGUUGAAGAAGAAAAGCCUGAAACUGUUGAAGUUCGAAGGACGAAAGCUGAACUAGCUUUCCAAAAAAUGCAAGAAAAAAUGCAAACAGAAAGAAUAAAGCAGAAAGCCUCAAUGACUCACAAGCAAAGAGUGGAAGAGUUCAAUCGUCAUUUGGAUAGUCUUACCGAACACUUUGACAUACCGAAGGUCAGCUGGACGAAAUAGAAGAGAAGGAUUUUCCUUAAAAUAAAUCUAUGCAAAAAAUUUAUAAUAGUUCAAUAUAUAAGUUUAUUCUUUUGUGUACAAUUCACUUUUAAUGCGUUGUAUCCUUUUAAGUCAAUAUAAUUUUGUGUCGUUGGUGUGAGGUAUUAACAAGAAUUAAUUAUUCAACGACAUACAACCGAUGUGUAUAAAAAUAAGCAAAAGAAAAAUCUAUCAAUAAAAAGAUGUGCGUUUUUUA